AUGGGGGCCGAUUCCGAGGACGCUGUCAAGCAGCUCAGCCUCCUCAUGGAGCAAGGUGCGUGCUUUCUUGCUGGAGCAAAGCUUCGCGCCGUUUCUCGGGGCUUCUUUGCGGCUGUUGCGGUGUUCGGUCUUUCUGACUUCGCUAUUCUUGGUCCGGAUCUUUGCAGUGGAGGCCCCGCUGAAGAGAUCGUUUCAGCGAGAUUUGAGCUGAUUUGGAGUGGGAGAGUGAGCUACUCAGUGUAUCGUUAA